AGAGGUGGAGCUUAUAGGGGAAGAAGGGUGACGGGGCCGCACGCGAGGCUGCGGGCAGCGGCAACUUUUUUAUCUAUCACCUUAUUCUUUAAAUUAAUUUAUGGUUUAUUAUUUUAGAGUCAUAAUAUACUGCCGUGGUAACUAUUCAAGUUAUCGAAGCCCUAUUCAUACUAAGGUCUUCGGUGCACUUUUUUGUCAGUCUCUUGGAAGGAAAGUUUUUUGGGACUUGACCAGCUCGGAAUUUUGUCUUGGUGACCAGGCGUGGAACGGCUUUUUUCCCAAGACAUACUGUCUUUUAAAGUUUAUAAAGCCAUACGGCGUGUACUUCCAAGUGCCUUAUGAGCUUACUUCCACUUCAUGUCUGAUACUUGGGUAACUUGGGAAAAAACUGACUGGACGUAACUUUUUAUUCCGUCGUCGUGAGCAGCGAUCCGCUUGCCAAUUAUCUGGGCAGGUGGUAGGCUAAGCUUUUUAGACUACUUUCAGAAGUUUUCUGUGUAGCUAUUCGAGCUCCUUGAAACUUUUCAUCAGUUGGAGGCUGGAUUUGAUGCUUUUGCAAUCAACUGACUGAGAAAAUAAGUUGAAUUAACUGAUCAGAGAGGAACGCCAGAGGCCAGCAUGGCGUCUGCCUCUGUGAAGGUGGCGGUGCGCGUCCGGCCCUUUAACUCUCGUGAAACCAACCGAGGGGCCAAGUGUGUCAUCCAGAUGCAGGAGAAAUCCACAUGUAUCUCUAACCCCAAGCAGCCUAAAGACACAAAGACCUUCGCCUUUGAUUACUCCUACUGGUCACACACCUCGACGGAGGACCCAUGCUUUGCCUCCCAGAGGCAGGUGUACCUGGACAUCGGAGAGGAGAUGCUGCUCCACGCCUUCGAGGGCUAUAAUGUGUGCAUCUUUGCAUAUGGCCAGACGGGGUCGGGGAAGUCCUACACCAUGAUGGGCAAACAGGAAUCUGGCCAGCAGGGCAUCAUUCCACAGCUCUGUGAGGAUCUGUUCAAGCGCAUCGUGGACAACGUCGACCCUCACGUGUCCUUCUCAGUGGAGGUGUCUUACAUGGAGAUCUACUGUGAGCGGGUGAGAGACCUGCUGAACCCAAAGAGCAAAGGGCCGCUGCGCGUGCGAGAGCACCCAAUCAUGGGGCCUUACGUGGAGGACCUCUCCAAGAUGGCCGUCACCAAUUACAGCGAUAUCGCUGACCUUAUGGACUGUGGCAACAAGGCCAGGACUGUGGCGGCCACAAACAUGAAUGAGUCGAGCAGUCGCUCGCAUGCAGUCUUCACCAUCCUCUUCACGCAGCGUAGACACGACCAGAUGACCAACUUAGAUACAGAGAAGGUGAGUAAGAUCAGCCUGGUUGACCUGGCGGGAAGUGAAAGAGCCGACUCGACGGGAGCGAAGGGCAUGAGGCUAAAGGAAGGUGCCAACAUCAACAAGUCGCUGACCACACUGGGCAAGGUUAUCUCUGCUCUGGCUGAAAUGCAAAGCAGCAAGAAGAGAAAAUCUGACUUCAUUCCGUACCGGGAUUCUGUGCUAACAUGGCUGCUGAGGGAAAAUUUAGGUGGAAACUCGCGCACAGCCAUGAUUGCUGCUCUGAGUCCAGCUGACAUCAACUAUGAGGAAACACUGAGCACACUCAGGUAUGCAGACAGGGCCAAGCAGAUUCGCUGCAACGCCGUCAUUAACGAGGACCCCAACGCUCGCCUGGUGCGAGAGCUCAAGGAGGAGGUCCAGAGGCUCAAGGAGCUGCUGCUCGCCCAGGGCCUCAGCGAGCUCAUCACUGCCCCAGGUAACACAGAGGACCUCGGCGAGCUUAUCACUGCCCCAGGAGUCGAGGGUAACAGUCUGGCCCGGGUCAUAGCAGGCUCCACCAGUGCCAUGGAGGUAUCGCUUACCCAUCGGCCACCUCUCUCGGACCCCGAGUCACCUCACGAUGACCCGACAGAAGAGCAGGGCCCCAAUGGACCCAUCAGUAAGGAGGAGGCAGUGGAGAGGCUGAAGGAGACAGAGAAGAUCAUCGCUGAGAUGAACGAGACCUGGGAGGAGAAACUCAGGAAGACGGAGGCAAUCCGACAGGAAAGAGAGUCCCUGCUGGCAGAGAUGGGUGUGUCCAUCCGAGAGGACGGGGGGACGGUGGGGGUCUUCUCUCCUAAAAGAACGCCUCAUAUUGUGAACUUGAAUGAAGACCCAUUGAUGUCAGAGUGUCUGAUAUACUACAUUAAGGAUGGACUGACCAGGGUUGGGCAGGAGGAGGUGGACAUUCGCCUGACUGGUCAGUUCAUCAAAGAGCAGCACUGCAUCUUCGGCAGCAGGGUUACUGAAUCUGGAGAAGUGGAAGUGACGGUGCACCCUCUGGAUGGGGCGGAGACGUAUGUCAAUGGCAAGCAAAUUGCAGAGCCGGUGGUGCUGAAACAAGGCAACAGGGUGGUGAUGGGUAAGAAUCAUGUGUUCCGAUUCAACCACCCGGAGCAGGCACGGCAGGAGCGCGAGCGCAACGCCGCCCAGGACCAGCAGGGGGAGCCGGCAGACUGGAGCUACGCCCAGAGAGAGCUCCUGGAGAAGCAGGGCAUAGACAUCAAACAGGAGAUGGAGAAAAGGCUUCAGGAUCUGGAGAAUCAGUACCGUAAAGAAAAAGAGGAGGCAGACCAGCUGCUGGAACAACAGAGACUGUAUGCCGACUCAGACAGCGGGGACGACUCAGACAAGCGCUCCUGUGAGGAGAGCUGGAGGCUCAUCUCCUCGCUCCGAGAGAAGCUACCAGCCAACAAGGUCCAGUCCAUCGUGAAGAAGUGUGGCCUCCCCAGCAGUGGGAAGCGACGGGAGCCCCUGCGCGUCUACCAGAUCCCCCAGCGUCGGCGCAUCACCCUGGACCCCAAGAACCUGACGCUGGACGACCUGCGCACGCAGGCCGUCAAGGAGAUCUGCUACGAGGUGGCGCUGGGCGACUUCCGGCACACGCGGCAGGAGAUCGAGGCGCUGGCCAUCGUGCGCAUGAAGGAGCUGUGCCGCACCUACGGCCAGCGGGACCCGCAGGAGCGCGACAGCUGGCGCAGCGUGGCGCGCGACGUCUGCGACACGGUGGGAGGAGGAGGAGGAGGAGGAGGAGGAGGAGGAGGAGGGGGGAAGGUGGCACCGAAGAAGGCCGAUAUGGUGGACCUGAAGGCGCACAUCGACAAACUGACGGACAUCCUGCAGGAGGUGAAGCUGCAGAACAACAUGAAGGACGAUGAGAUCCGCUCGCUCAGGGACCGCAUGGUGAAGAUGGAGAAGAUCAUCCCUGUCUUUGGUGACACUGACAUGGAGGAGUCUGGCCCAAUCAGAGGGGAGGAGGGGAGCGGCUUAGCGGGCAGGCGGGUGGAGGCAGAGGACGGAGUUUACCGACGUGGCCGUCACCGCUGGCAACAUCCUGAGCAGCAUCAGGACCCUAAGCGCAUGUGCAGGGUCUCCGGGGGCCCCGCCAAUGCUCCCUUCGUACCUGCUCCUAACCGGGGCCCGCCGAACCCCUUCGGCAACCCCUGUGGAGCCCCCCCGAACGCCCCCUUCCUGCCGGGCACGGGCCGCUUCCUCGCCCCUCUGGAGCGAAAGCUGCAGUUCCCCUUUAAGAACAACCCCCAGCACAGAGCCUUCAUCUGGGGGCCCUCCAUGGGCCCCCAGGGGCCAGAAGAAGGGCCCGAAGAUGACCCCGGGGAGCAUGUCUCUCUCUCUGACUCGGUGCCCUCGUUCCAGGCAUCCCAUGCCCAGAGUGACUCCGUGCCCAGGGGCAGCGGGCACAACAGCUACCGCCACCAGCAGCAGCAGCGCCGUAAUCAACACGGCAACCAGCGCAACAACCGCCAGCGCUCCCGCCAGAAGGCCCGUAACCCUUUCGACGGGUUCGUGGAGCGGGCCAACGAGCAUGCCGGGCAGUACCGCAACGGCAACCCCAACCCCAACCCCAACCAGGGGUUACCGCAGCAGGGGGGCAGGAUGCGCUACAGCUGGCACAACCCAGGCCCGGAUGGACCCCCCGCUCACCUGCAGGACGGGCCCCCGCAGGGCAAGCACAGCUUCCACCACCAGAACCAGAACUGGAGGGGAGGGGACGGCCAGCACCGGCCCAACGAGAGGCCCCGCAGCGGGGUGAGCCUAAGAGGUCACCCCCCUCAGCAGCACACGGGGCAGGAGAUGGCAGCAAGGAGGAACAGUAGAUUCGAGGAGCCCAUGGAGGCUUGAUGAAGAAAAGGAAGAGGCGUCUGUAUUUUGUGUUUUCAUUAUUGGACAGGAUUCCACAAAUAUUUCUCUGGGAUAUAUAUACACACACACACACACACACACACACACCACACACAUACACAGACACACACUCACAUCACUCUGUUCUAGGUGCUAAGACUUUGGCUCCGAGAGCAGUAUGUGCUCACAGGCCAGCACUUGCACUUAUUGGAAACCUCCUCGGGGGGGGGGGUUUGACAUGGAAACACUUUUAGUGCAAUAACACUGAGCAUGAUUUUAUACCACAUUUGACAGAAUCACUGUGUUCUUGACUGCGUUGAUAAAUGUGCCUGAUCCGACACAACACUUUAGAGGAUCAUGACAGGACCUUACUCACUAUGCUGUAUAUGUUUGUGCCUUUCUGCAGCCUCUAUACCCACAACUGUUCCCUGUAUUUAUGCUUAUACAGUGGGUUUUCUGCUGGUAUAUAGUGGAACAUUUUAUACUGUGUAUGUACAUAUUCAAAGUUUGUACAUGGAGGAAUGGAUUUGCCAUAGGUUUUUAAUAUCAUAUAAAACGUGGGGUGUACUUUAUAUAUUUGGAGUAUCGUUAGGUUGUAUAUCUGAUUAUAUAAACAGCAUAUAUUGAGGCGUAAGCUGCUAUGAUUGACUGCCGCUGCAGUUGUGAGAACAUUUAAAACUGUCAUAUUUACCUGCUGAAACAGCCAAAGAAUUGAACCCAGAGGCGAGAGACCCUCACUGCACAUAAACGAGGAGGAACACCAGGUCGGGCACAGGAAUGCAUAGGUCAGUCAGGUCGGAAUGCUGUGCCUCGAGGACUUUGGGGGGGUUGAUGAGAGAAGGCUUAAGUGUGGUUGUUAAUGAUGGUUUGUAUAUUUUGUAUUUUUUUUUUUUCUCCACCAUUUAAAUAAUUUUUGCCCACCCGCCCCCCCCCAACCCCCGCUUUCAUUGUGUGGGUGAAUAAUGGCAGCAUUCCACAAGACGAAGCCUCUGAAAUCUGUCAAGAAGGCAUGAGCAAUGAGGAAAAGCUAAACACAUGAUGUACUGUUGGAGAAAUGAAUUAGUAUGCAGUGCAGUAUGGCAAAGGAAGGAUUUUUUCUUUCAGGACGAACGAUCGUGAAGCAGUGACUGAUGGUGUGUUCAAGGGCUUACAGUUGUUGUCGUUUUUUUUUUACUUUUUAACAAUCUUUUUUGUUUCUUUUCCAUUGUACAAUACAAUAUGCAAUACAAUCCCGAGGACAUAUAUUGUAAUUUUAAGGAAAAGAGAAUUGAUUGUAAUAUAGAUUUGUGUGAUGUGACUUGUGUAAUCUCAACCCCUACCUGCAGAAGAUGAAAAUAGACAAAACAUGAAUAAUGUUUGCUCAUAUUAUUAAUAAUAAAAAAAAUGAUAUCUAUAA